AUCCGAAGCAGCAUCUUAGGCGGCAAUUGGAAACCCUAGCAGAACGAACGAGCUUCUUCCUUUAAGCGUGAGAGCGGCGGAAAGAUGAGCCGAGCAGGGAGCGGGGCUGGCGCGAAAGGUGGGAAGAAGAAGGGCUCUACCUUCGUCAUCGAUUGCUCGAAACCGGUGGAAGACAAGAUCAUGGACAUUGCGUCCCUUGAGAAGUUUCUCCUUGAGCGGAUCAAGGUAGCCUCGCUUGGCGGCAAGGCCGGCACUCUUGGUGAUGUCGUGUCCGUCAGCCGCGAGAAAAACAAGAUCACUGUAACCUCCGAAGGUCCCUUUUCCAAGCGUUAUCUGAAGUACCUGACAAAGAAGUAUCUAAAGAAACACAAUGUGCGAGACUGGCUCCGUGUGAUUGCUUCCAAUAAGGAUCGUAAUAUUUAUGAGCUGAGAUACUUCAACAUUGCAGAGAAUGAAGGUGAAGAGGAAGAUUGAAGAGAGCAGUGAGUGUAUUGCUUUCCAUAUAUUUCUGCUUAGUCUUGAAUUUGAAUUUAUGAUAAUCCUGGAAUUUUGAUAUUUUAAUUUUCAGAUGUUUGUUGUGACAUUAUUAAUCACAUUUUUUUUCUUUAUUAUUUCCCUAUUUAUUGCUAGACAAAAUUGUGUAGACUUGGUUCAGCUGUGAGUGGACUGUUGGAAUUGUUUGUGGAUU